AUGUCGCCUCAGCGCCACACGAGGGCACCCUGGCGGGACGAAGACGAGGGAUACGCCCCGUCUCCUGGGAGAGGGCGCUACAGCCUGUCGACCCUCGCUGGGAGCCCGGACGCGCCGGUCGUCGACCUAGCUGGCCUUGACACCACCCUUCGGAACGACGACAGCGUAGUGUUGAGUCCACAAGGCGACGGUGAUGACCAGGGAUCUGGCGACACCGCCUCGGGGCAAAAAGCAGGUGCUACGGGCAACCAGACGGCUGUGAGGCCCAUGUGUAGGAUUGGAGAGAAGCAGUUACUGAUGCAACUCGUUCAGGAGUACACACCGGAGGGGACUCGGGAGACCAAGGCCAGGGCUCGUGUCUGGUUGGAUAUCGCGAAGCGGAUGCUGAUCCCAACAGAGGUCACGGUCACGGAGGACGCCGAAGAUACCGUGGUUACGGUCGACUACCAGCGUGGACGGGAUACCGUUGCCAUGGACAAGCUCGUGGACACCUGUCAGCGCCUCGUACGCGACGCGAAGAAGAAGAUCGAGAAAGAGCAACGGGAUGCACCCAAGAAAACGGGAGAAGGGACAGUGGACCCCGAGGAGCCCAGCGAGGAGGCGAUGAAGAGCUCGUUGGAACACCACACAGCUCUCGCUGUGCAGUACGACCUGUACGCUAAGGAGCAGAGCAUGAGCAAGGGCAAGGUGGCGAAAGAGCACGCUGAGUGGGCCGGGUCGACGCGCAACAGCAACACCGACGAUAUUUUCUCCCUGAGAGGUGGCCGUGGCGGCGGUGGCCGUGGCGGCGGUGGCCGUCGCGGCGGUGGCCGUGCCGCUGGUGGUCGUGGCGCCGGUGCGCGUGGCGCUGGUGCACGUGGCGCUGGUGCACGUGGCGCUGGUGCACGUGGCGCCGGUGCACGUGGCGCCGGUGCCCGUGGCGCCGGUGGCGCCAGCGCCGGUGCACGUGGCGCCGGUGCCCGUGGCGCCGGUGCCCGUGGCGCCGGUGCCCGUGGCGCCGGUGGCGCCAGCGCCGGGGGCCGUGGCGCCGGUGCCCGUGGCGCCGGUGGCGCCAGCGGGGGUGGACGUGGUGGUAUGAGCAGCACGGGCGGUAGGCCGGGUGGGAGGGGUUACAGGGGGGCGUCGAAUCACCGGCGCCCCGGCGGUGAAGAGGACUGGGAGACAGCCGAAUUCUUCGCGCCCCGCCGAGGCGCGUUGGAGGCAGCUGCUGCUGGAGAGCUGACGGUCGAUCUCCUGCCAGAGGAAGGCGACUGGGAGGAAGAGGUAGACCUUGCAGCCGCAGAUGACCAGGAAGCGCAGAUGUUGUCCGGGGGCAAGCUAGGGCGCCAGUACCGGGAUGGCGCCAACGGGUCGGCAAGGAAGCAGGUGUUCCGGGGCAAUCCGGAAGCAGCGAACGCUUCCGUCGGCGAGCAGAUAGCCGCUGGUUUUGACUUCCUGUUCAGGCGCGACGAACGGGAGGAACAGCGGCUACGGGAAGAACGGGAGGAGCGGGCAGCCCGGCUGGCAGCUGGGGGCGCAGGGGGAGACGCUGCAUCCGCGCGCUUGGACCGUAUGGAGGCCAAGGUUGAGGACCAAAACGGGAAGCUCGACAAGCUCCUCGAACUGGUCGGGCGCAGCAAUGGAAUGCAGCAACCCGCACCUCAGUUCGGUGUGGCUGGGUUCCAUUCGGCGAUGUACCCAGGCCCUGUAGGACCCUGGCCACCCCAGUCUAGCGGCACGGGACUCGACGGUGGAGGGGGGUCGAGCGGGUGGAUACACGGUGCAGCGGGCGCGCCGCGAACGGCUCCACCACCUUCAACCACCGCUGGGGGCCAAGCCGAACUUCCUGGCUUCCUCUCUGCGGAGAGGGGAGCAGACAAUCGGCCUGCGGAGAGGGGAGCAGGCAAUCGGCCUGCGGAGAGGGGAGCAGGCAAUCGGCCUGCGGAGAGAGGAGGCGCCUCUGCCGGAUCCGUUGGAGACGGCGGGGCCCGGGCAUCGGGGCAAGGGGCGAUGGCACCGACGCAGUCAUCGGCGAUUAGGGUUAACCAGACCCUUCAAGGUCGGAAAAGGGUGGGCGGGGCUAGCGGAGCCCAAACAAGCACUGGAGGGGUUGCUGGGUUUGGCAGGACAGCUGCCAAGCGUUCCAGGGGAGGCAGCAGCCGGGAUGCUGGAACAUAAUAUUGUGAACUCGGAGUGUGACCUGCGGGCCUUUCGUGUCUGGCGUUUGGUUGUGUUUGUCUUCGCUUUCGUAGGUUCAAAUCAAGCUGUAACUUUAGGUUUUUCGUCCAGUUUGCGAACCACGUUAGUGUUUAUUAUUUCUAUUCUCUAUGACGGUGGUCCACCGCAAUGCACAAGUACACAAGACGGUGUGGGCGUGGGACUGUUGUCAUUGUUACGUUUUUCCGUGCUGUCUUUCUUUUCUUUUUUUUUGCAGUAGAACCCUUUCCCCUUUUAUGUUAUACCUUGUUUUCGGCCUGAU